AUGAAACAGCCAGAGAACCCGGAUGUAAACAACUUUUUAAAAGUUAAAAAGACAGAAGGAUGCAGGUUGCAGUUUUCAAGUAUAGGCUAUAAGUGUACAAUGUGGGGGUUUGUCCUGUUGAUCCUGACUCUACUAUGUACUAAUACAGGUGGACAACUUACUAGAGGCAAGAACUGUUCAGUUCACAGUGACUGUGGAUGGAACACCAGUUGUGAUGAGGGCACAUCCAGAUGUCUUUGUAGGAAAGGCUAUUAUAUCUCAGACAAUCAGAAAGACUGCUAUGAUCCUUGGUGCCAAGACAAGAGGUGUGUGGAAUGCUAUAGCUCAUCUAAAUGUAGGCGUUGUAUUGACUUCAUAGAAGUUGACACUGGGGAAUGUGUCUCAGAAUGUCAAGGGGAAUAUAUUCUAACUGUAACUGGAGAACUGCUGGGCAAGGUCUGUCAAGUAAAGAGAGCCCCAUCAGGUCUGUCAGCCAUAUACAUAGGCAUCAUAGCUGGGGUGUGUUGUGUUAUAGUCAUCACUGUAAUCAUUGCCAUAGUGGUAUAUUGGAGGAUGAAGAAGACAAGUAACAAGAAACAACGUAACAUUGCAGCGUAUGCCUUGGAGGCUCAGCGUGCCAAGCAGAUGCAAGAAGAUACUAUAUCUCAGUCAGCUUACAAUACAGACACCAUGAGAAGUCUCCAAAGUCUAAGCAGUCUUCCUGGGGAGCCAGUUGUCCUCGAGUUCUUACAGCAGAUAGACUUACUUAAGCCCCACAAACACACCCUUGUGGCCAUGUGGAAGGAGACCAAAGAUAAACUUCUCUCUGUUCAGGAGGGAGAUUCCAGAAUAGCAAUAUAUAAAAAUGUUAUACAACAGUUAACUAGGGUGCUGAAUUUACUGCAUAAAAAGCCAAACCAACUACGCAUGCCACCAGAUGGCAAUACUCUACUCAAGUGGGCAGAAAGAAUACUCAAGUUAUAUAUAGCCUCAAAGAAGGCUGAACAAGCUAAUGACAGUGGCUAUGCAACCAUAAGUAAAGUGUAUGCUGAAAGUCGCAAGAAGUAUGCCUCAUAUUUGAAUCUCAGUGAAGUACAAAUGCAUGGGUCUCCUAACAAAGAGUACUCAGAUGGAACUAGUUUAGCUGCUAGCUUUAGUUAUGAAAAUUUUUCCUUUGAUGCACCAAUAGCUGGGAAUGAACACAAUGACAUAGAACUUUGAGACAUUAUUUGUGUUGGGAACAAUAUAGCGGUAGAAACAGUGGAAGCAGUAAAUUAAGAAAUGGAUGAGGAAAUCCAAUUGAAUAUUUUGACUGAAUCUAAAACAGUUUCAAGCAAUUGCUAAAAGUGAAACUGGAAUAUUGUCAACCAAAACUUGUUUAUUAUAUUAUACAUGACAGCGUGAGGAUCUAAGAAGAACCCACGAAUACUUGCCUUCGUAGUGACACCAACCUCUCAAAGAACCAGUAAAGAAAGGAUUGAUCUAACCCUAUUGAUCAUGCAGUUACUAUGCUCAGUCAGUAAGUUCUAUGAGGAUAGGUCUAAAGCUUGAAUGAUGAAGCAAGAUGAUUGAUCCUUGUAGAACUUGAUUAAUGUUCGUUUAUACAUUCAAUCAUGUAUUUGUUUACACUAUUUACAUGUAUUUGUCUGAUUCAUAAAAAAUGUUCCAUCAGAAAUAUUUACUAUAAUCUUUAUUUUUUAUUAAAGUCUUGCUGUUGUAGUUGUGUUUUGUAUUUUGUACAUAAAAGACAUGCACAGUUGUACUUGUAUAUAGAUUAGUGGCGUACACAGAUAACCUACUGUAUAAUCUAACACAAGGUCUCGUAACUACUAACUGAUUACAAAAAUUUGUUAUUAGUAAGAAAAGAAAUCCAGAAAUGAAUUGUAAUGUUAACUAGAUCAUAUGGUGUCAGUGUUGAAGUGGCAGAAAUUGAAAUGUACACCAAUAUUGUGCAUUGUCAUGGUUCAAUAAGGGCCUAUUGCUCAGAAUGAUUUUAAUGGUAACCUUGUACAACUGACAAUGCUUUCUUAGAAACAUGUAUUGGGAUGAGGCUUAUGUAGUUUAAAUUGAUGCAACAUCUUGCCAUAUUUAUAGCUAGACAGUUUCUUUGUUCGAUCACGUGGUACAGUAAAGGCCAGUAAAUAUAAAGCAGUGAUUUUAUGGCAAAAGCCUAUGUGAUAACCCAAAUACCAGUCAAAGGAUUUGGUUGAAAAAUAUGGUGAUGCUUUCCAUAUUAGGGACAUAGGACUCUCCUGAAGGAAUUUUUAAGAUGGCUGCUGAAUUCAAAAUAACCACCAUUGUUCAUGAAAAAAUAUAAUUUUUGACAUAUACCUCAAAUAACAGUUGUCAGGUUUGGUGCAGAUUUCAUGUGCUGAUGCCUUAUUAUGCAAAGGACUCUACUCAAGAAAUAAUUUUAAAGAUAGCUAUUGAAUUCAAAAUGGCUGCCA